AUGGAACCGAUCGGUACUGGACUCUGGUUUGAGAUGCCCACUCCCCCAACACUGCCUCCUGAACUUUGGAGACACAUUUUGUCUUACAUCGACAGCUCCCUCCUCCUUCCUAUUUGCGGGGUGAACCAUGUUUUCCGUGAUGUUGCUUUGGACCAUCGUCACAGACAUCUCUGGCUCGGCUAUCUCUCGGAUACUAAAAUUCUCCUGAUCCAAAGCUUGAAGGAUCCUUGGCUUGCAAAGCGGGUCAAGUCAUUAUAUUUGGCCACUGGAGCCGUGGGUGCUCGAGUGGAUGCCUCGCGCCUGGCGCUGCCAAAACCGAAGAACCGCCUAGGCUACUCGGAUAUCCUGGCGUCGUUCCUACCAAGUGUGGUUCGCCGCUGGGUGACUAACGUUCCAGUGGAAGUAAUUGACGACAUUCAGUCGGAUGCAACGUCGAUGAGCGCCGAAUCACUACUUCCAUUGCUGGAUGUAGUACUCGAUCAACUGAAGAACGUUUCCGAACUGGAAAUCAUACUAGACCACGCCGGGAAUCUCGACUUCGAGCUUGACUUUCUGCGCAAGCUGUACUGCUUGUUUGUCAGUCGAAAUAUUCAGGCACUGAGCCUACAAUUUUACGACUACAAACUAUCUUUGGUCUUGCCGUUAACACCAUUCAUUGGUUUGAGAAAAGUGUCCUUGACUCUUCUUCCGCCGUUGAACCCUUCCCCCCUGUCCGCCGACGCUUUUUCUGCGCUCCAUCAGUUUCUUGAACGCAUUGCUCCCUCAGUCGAGGACUUGUCCUUUGCCACACCAGACUUCGACAUCGUCAAGCAGCUGGCCUCAUCGCUACACUCAAUCACCAUGCCCAACGUUCGGGAGCUCGGGACUCCUCUUAUAUUCGAUGAUCUUGGCGCAAUUCAGAGUAUGGGUUCGAGGUACCCAUGCCUCUCCGCAUUGAAACUGUACCCGUGGAGUCCGAGAAUAGCUCCGGCACUCCCACUCGGGUGUCUUCGGCUUUCCGGACUGCGUAGUCUCACACUGUCGCUCUCGGAUAUACGCGACGCCUCCUUCUUCGAACCAUCCGGAUAUCGCCAACUCGAGGAACUAAAUAUCAGCAAUGCGUUAUCACUCGACUUAGAUUGUCCGAGUUCUAUCUUGUUUCGGGAAAUACCUUCGAUUGCCUUUCUCGGUCUUUUUCCUGUUCUCCACACGCUCGACUUAAGCACCGAAUCUGUUAAUACUUUGACAUCUGAAUUCGACUCAGAUGCCCUUGUCGAGCGACAUUAUCCAGAUUGGCACGUCUCUGUAAUAAACUUGAAACUCAGACUUAGACUCUCCGAGUCUCCCAAAGCUAUCGCCCCCGUCCUGCAACGGUGUAUUCCCAAUCUGAAGGUCAUAAACGUCGAAAGCCUCUCGUUCUAA